UGUGCAGCUGAGGAACCGGUGCAAUUUGCGCAACCACUCCAGAUCAGCAGAAUACCCAAUCUAGGGCAGAGAUGGCGGCAUCGUCAGUAGCCGAGCCAGCAACGUGUCUCCCUCUCCCUGACAGCCCCUCCUCCCAAUCUCCACCGCCACCUCCCCCCACCGCAUCUGGCCUGGAGCUGCAAGACCCACUCUCCUCCGACAGGGAACACGAGCAGCUGGGGGUCCUGUUGAGUCCUAACAAGUCUCAAAGAACCCCAGAUUUCCUGCCUCCGCGGAUGCUGCAAGCUCUCAAACAACAACAACAACAGCAACAACUCCAGUGGGACAAAGAGCAGUCAACUUCACCCAGGAGGCUGCAACAGAGCCCGAAGAAAGAUAGCGAAGUCUGUUUUGUUCGUUCUAGCUUCUUGCUUUUCACAAUUUUCUCACCCAGUCCGACUUCAUUUUUAUUUUCUCCCUUUCUUUUUCCUCUAGUGUGGUCUACCAUCAGUGAGACCUCCAGCCAAACUGUGGAGCUACCCAAGACAGAGGUCAAAGUUCACUCAUCUCACCACCCACCCACCGUGUGUGUGUGGAGCAGGCAGCAGGGAUAUCUCAUUUCUUUACGACGUCCCUGAGGACCAGAAGGGAAAAGAGCAAAAGGAGCUUCCUCCCUCCCUGAUCCCUAAUGAGUACCACAUUCACAAGAAGGUUGGGGUUGUGGGUCUAGAGUUCCGCGAAGACCAGUACACCACUCAGAGUGUGGCACAUGAUAAUCAUGUGACAGUGUUCCCUUCAAUAAAUCCCAGCAGUCGCUAUGAAGUACUGGCUCUGAAGAGUACAAUGGAUGCUAUGCUGGAGAAGGCUGGUCUGCCGCGUGAAGACACACAAAUGAAGGGACCGACUCAGGUGCACAACCUGCUGGAGCUAGUGAGGCAGGAGCAGAUCAUCUACAGCGUAUGUUUCCACGAGGUCAUCAGACAGGUGAGUGUCCAGUGUGCAGAGAGGGGGGAGCUGCUGCAGGAGAUCCGCAGCAGAUACACACAGCUCCUCGACCGCAUCCCCAGACAAGUCAUGAGUCUGCACGAAGACAUGCUGUCCCAGAGAGCUCUGUGCAAGAGGAUCUCUGCCGAAUUCAGACAAUUCAGAUCCAAAAUUGCAUCAGUCACCGAUCGACUGGGGAGGCUGAGGGAAAUUGAUACGCAAGUGGUGAAAGAGACACGCACUGCCCACAGAGAUCUCUUGUCUGCUCUCACAGAGUCUGAAAGGAACGGCAAUCUGUUGAAGGAGUACCACGGAGUAUACGAACUGCAGAGGAAAAGACUGCUGGAAUCUGUUGACAAAGUGAGACAGGAGAGGUGUCUGUGGGAGGGAGCUGCCUACAGUCUGGCUAAGGAGGUCAUGAAGGAGGAGGGCACGCAGGAGCUGAGGACUCUGAGGAGACUACAGCUGUGGGAGAAGGCCUGGGCUCAGCAGGCCCGUCAUUUCACCACUCUCCUCUGUCAGGCAGACAUUAGACAGCUGGGGGAGGUGGAUGAGUGUGUGAGGAGGUGGAGGGAGGGAGUGAUGAGUGAGAAUGGGAGGCUGGAGGAGGUGGAGAGUGCCUUGAAUGACAGGCUGUCAGAAGUGGAGGAUGGUAUGAAGAGAUGGCGUGAGGAGCUAAGUGGUGCUGAUGGGAGGGUCAUACCCCUGAGUCAAGGGAGGCUCCAGCAGCUGUGGGAGGAGCUGGGGGUGUGGCUUCGUGUCCUAAACUCAGAGUCAGACCAAUACUCUGGCGAGACUCAACUGGCCAGGACGCAGGGACUCCUCACUCUCCACUCGCUGGUGGAGAGAUGGACAGAGGUGGGACUGGAGGUCUUCUCCCGGCACCAGGAAAUGAACCAGUAUGACCGCGCCCCCUCCGACCACACCCACUCCCCGGAGCACGAAAGGAUGCUGUCUCUGGGAGGAGAGGUGGAGCUGGCCAUGAGACACUGCACUGCCAGGGCCUCUGGUGACAACGGCGUGGCUGUCGGGUUUAUUCGGCUUGUAACACCUCUUGAAACGUGGGAGUCUAGGUUGGGUCAAUGUGUUAGUGGCAAGACCAAACUGCCUGAAUCUGACUGGAUCAAUCUGCGAAGUCUGUUGGGAGAGUGGUUGGAGCAUCUGCAGAAGAUCAGAGGAUUCGUUGGAAAAGUCACUGACGAAGAGGGGCACACCCUGAAAUGCACUCCGAUGAGAGAGCUGUCGGUCGCAGUGGAGAAAUGGAGAGGUGCUCUCUCCCAUGCCAUCUUCAACAGACAUACCAAGAUAGUCAGUAUGGUGACAGACCUGCACUCUAGUCUGGUGUUGUGGAUGGUUCGACUUCUGCUGACCUUCACACGUACAACGUGGGUCCAGCCAAGAACGCUGAGGGAGAGAGGAGGAGAGGGAGAAGAGGAAAGAGAGGAAAGAGAGGGAGAGGGGGAAGAGACGAGAGAGGAGACGAGAGAGAAGGAAGAGGACGAAGGAAAAGGUCUGGAGUUGGGGCUGGAGGGAGAGAAAGACAGCUGGGAUCAAGGAAUGGGUCUCUCUCAGCUCCUCGCAGUCGACCUGCAAGAAGAAUACAAAACCUUGUCUUCGUCCAUCAAAAAACUAACGACUUCCUUGACCAGGAGUGUGGUUGUGGUGGUGGAGAGGGAGGUGGAGAGGAGGCGAAGAGGGGGAGACCCUCACUCAGACCUGGAGAAAGAACUGCUGGAGAGACUCGGGAAGGAGGCGGGGCAGUGGGCGGAGCAAGCAGAGCUCCUCAUGACUCGGGUCUUGAAAGAGAACACAGAGAGACCACCAGUAACUGAGAGCUCUGCAAAGGUGGAAGUGGGUGGAGAUGAGCACAGUCUACAGCAGGAGAUAUUUGUGUUGGGGAGAGAUCUCAAUCUUCACUCUAGGUCUCUCAUGGAGGUCGUGAGCAAGGUUCCUCGACCUCAGCGACCCUCUCUCGCAGAACUUGGUCUCCUCUCUGAAUCAGACAUGCCGCAGAGUAGUGGCUACCUGCCAGAAGACACCGAGAGACUGGCUCGACAACUGCACAAGGCACAGGCUGACCUAGAAGAGCAGAAGAAGCUGACGGAGAUGGAGAAACAGAGAGCUGAAGAAGCAGAGAGACAAGUGGAGAGUUCUCAAGUUCGCCUCUCGACACUCGAGAGCCAGCUACAGCAGACUGCGAGUGAGCUGCAGGAACUGAAGGGACAGCAAGCCGCAGCAAAGACAAUCUCCCGAGGAGGGGGGAGGCCUUCUUCUAAAAAGUAAACUGUAUACUGAGCGUUGUUGUGUACGCAGGUGUAUGUUGGAAAAUUGAACUUCUGUUAUUAUUGGGAAUUUCGUAUUGACAAAGUGAAUGACAGGUGAACCUGCACACAAUAAAGUGUUUGUGAGUUGCGACUCUGGCAUUGUAUAUUCUGGUGACAACAUGAAAUUGCAACAACAGUAAAAUUGUGACUGAGGAGGGCUUGGCUGUGUCAGAUAUAUGUUUGAUAAAAAAAGAAAAACACAAAGGAAUAUACUUUUAGUUAGGUACAAAAAAAUGUGAGAUCAAAAUGGCAAUGACCAGGGUGCCUGGGGAAAUACCUCACUUCCUGUCAAUGAAAUGAUCAAGGGCAUGUUGCAAGUCUCCACUCUCAAAGUUAGUCUUGUGGGUGCUUCUUCCGCAGUCAACAAAAUAGGCUCUCUUACUCAUGUAAGGGUUCCUUCUGCGAGCCUCUAGGGCUGUCUCGUACAUCCUCUGGCCGAGGUGAAAUGGUAUGAUGACAUCGCUGUGUCCGUGAGCAAUGAGGAGGGGGAAAGGGAAGCUUAUCAGCCGCAACUCAGACUCAAAUCUUUGGUGAAAGCUCUCCAGAACGAGGUAGCGGAAGACGCUCAUGAUAGGCCAGUAGGGAAUUGCAAACGGAUGGUUUGAGGCAGCGUCGACCAUGGAAGUAAAGGGAGCAUCUAGAACGACUCCUUUAGGGUAUGUGUGUCUGCGUGCCCAGAUCUCUUUGGCUAGGUAAGUGGCAGCUGCUGAGCCCAGGGAGUGUCCCCAGAUGUACACCGGGCUGUGUGGGGAGUGAGAUUGGAUCCAGUCCCACUCGAGUAGCGCGUCCUCCAUCAUACCUCUCUCACUUGGGACGCACUGAGAGUCCCCGUAGCCCCUGUAAUCAAAGGCAAUCACGUGAUAGCCUCGUCUGGUGAGCGACUGGUAGGCCUCUAUCCUGUGCCUCGUCCCCCUUGUCCCGGUAUUCCCGUGGAGAUACAGCACUAUGGGGGCACCGUCAGAGAGAGCGGAGAUGUAGGCCUGACUCUCAGUAACGUUGUCCGGAUAGGUGUCCGGUAAGAUGUGCCAGGUGCUAACCGGACACCCGUCGUAUUGCAUCAGGUCGUAGUUCCUGGCGUUUCUGACGCCCAGCUCCGCCGGGUCGCUGAGGUUACCGAAGAAGGGUAUUCUGACGUAGUGGAGGAAGAUGAGGUGCGACUGGACCUCGGCACUGAUUCGGAGCAACACCGCCACUGAUACGUAGACGAGCACCAGUACCACACAGACCAGGGCCGCCACAUUGCGCAGAGUCGCUAUCUUUCUCUGUGGUCUUUUCUUGGCACCACCACCAGCUCUCCUAGUGAUGGUGACGGUCUGCGUGGAAGAUCCUCCCGUCGAACGCAUCGCUCGUCGUCUCUGUCUCUUCUCUCGUGAAAACAGUUCUGGUAAAGGGCCAAGUUUGGAAAUACUACGAAUCAC